AUUUAGAGAAGCAUAAACAUUACACGCCUAAAAGACCUUUUCCUCUGAUGUUCCUCCUCAAAGAUGUCUUCUCCAAGUUAAAAUGUCUUCGUAGAGUUAUUUCUCAAAAACCCUAAAGCCAUCUUUUCUAUGAAAUCUUUCGCGCAACGUCCGGCGCGUCAGGGUCAAAAGCGCAUUCGUCUCGCGAACAAGAGGGUCGACAGUUGGAAACGAAGUUGUUGGAUCAAUCAAUGCGGUACCUAGCUCCAUCCGUCACCGUCGCGAAAAUAUAGGAGCAUUAGCAAACGGAGACGACGGAGACAUCGCGUCACGUCGCACGCGCCCGUCCGCUCGCGAGUUCCAUUGCGACGUAGAAAUCGGAGCAGUUUAACGAGGGUUCCUUCGUUGUAGGACGUUGUUGUAAGAAUGGCCGAUAUCAAGCAGGAACACAAAGGCGAGGACGUGGACAGUUAUGGAAUGGGUAACAGCACCGACCCGAAGAACAUGCAGGAGUUGACGCAAUAUGUGCAAACGCUGCUGCAGAACAUGCAGGACAAGUUUCAAACGAUGUCCGACCAAAUCAUAGGGAGAAUAGAUGAAAUGGGGAGCAGAAUAGACGAUCUGGAAAAGAAUAUCGCAGACCUAAUGACGCAAGCAGGAGUCGAAGGUGGUGAUAAAUAAGCUCAUCCUUCUUUUAAAAUGUUAAAUACAAAUAAGUGACCACUCAUCUGAAAUAUUUAAGAUAUCCAUAUAUCAUAUAACUUAUCUCGUAAGACGAGUAUUUAUAUGGACACAGUGUGAGAAAGGCAGAGAGAGAUAAGCAGAUCUUUUUGUUACAAUAUAAAUAAACUUACACUUUUUUAUAAA